AUGUUUAGUUCAAACUACUCUUCUUUCAACAGUCCAAGUGGUUCGGAAUACAAGGCUUGUCACCGAAACAGGACUAACAAACAAAUACCUCCUUCAAGCCACAAGAGCUUGAUCACGGAAGCGCCCCAACUGAAGAACUGCCUUGUUUUUAAGCGCUUGCCCGUAUUUCUACAGUUUUAUUUAGUGAAAGUAAAUAACAUAAAUUCUUGA